AUGUCUGAUUCUGCUUCACAGAUGCCGCAGAAUUACCUGAACCAGUGCUUCGCUGCUAUCAAUUCUCAGAUCCAGCUGCAGCUGUAUGCAACUUACAUCUACCUCUCCAUGGCCUACUUCUGCAAUCAAGACGAAGUGGCCCUGGGGUUCUUCGCUCUCUUCUUCCUCCGUCAGUCGCAGAAGUGGAUGGAACGUACUGAGGUACUUUUCCUCCUGCUGACCGAGCGCCAUGGCUCCCUGACCCUUGGGAGAAUUGCUGAUCAAGACCGCCACGACUGGAUGGAUGGCCUCAUGGCGAUGGAGUGUGCGUUCCACCUGGAGAAGACGCUCAACCAGAGCCUCCUGCAGCUGUACCAGAUGGCUAGCGAACAAGGUGAUACCUACCUGUGCAACCUUCUGAAGCGCCGUUUUCUCCAGCAGCAGGUCGAAGUCCUCAAGGAGAUGGGCGGCUACGUGACCAACCUGCGCCAGAUGGGGGCUCCGGAAAAUCGUCUGGCUGAGUACCUCUUUGACAAGCUUACCCUGGCAGAUAGCACCAAGGAGAACUGAA